AGUAGCCAAAAUAGAUAGCAUCUAGAAACUAAUUACACCAUAUAUACUAGAAAGUAGAGACCUUGAAACAUUGUCAAUGAUGGCAUCGUCUACUUCACCAUCUUCCGGUAAUCACCCACAUCCGAUUUAUAUGGAUCAUGAUCUUCACACCAUCCCCAAGCUCACUCCCAACACUGUAAACUACUGGAAAAUAACCAUGCGCAACUAUAUCGAAGGCAGCGGUCUCAUUACCUUCAUCGAUAGCAGCAUCAAGCCACCACCAGAGAAGAUUGAUGACGUCGAGAACCCUGAUUACAAGCAAUGGAAGGAAAUAGAUGAUCAUGUACGAAGUUCAAUUAUUUCAACAAUGCAAGAUGGUUUCUGGGAAGAACUAUCUAGUUCAUUUACUGGAAAGACUGCCGCUGAAUUAUGGACCUUUAUAAACCUAAACGUUCAUGGACCUCCUACGAUGACUCAUGCUGAUCGCGUCUCAAACCAAGCAGCAGAAGGGCAGAACUAUACUCGGUAUUUACCACUAUACAGGGCUGUUGUUGAAGGCAAUAUGAAAAGUUUACAAGAUAUAGUGGAUAAAGAUCCAACUGCAGUGAGGGCUAUCAUCACAGGAGCCUCUGAAACAGCAUUGAUAGUUGCAUCUCACAAGAAAAAUAACAAUGACAUUGUGAAGAAACUUAUAAGCUUGAUGUCACCACAAGAUUUGGCUAUGCAGGACAGCUUUGGUAGGACGGCUAUAUUUGGCGUUGCAGCUGUUGGGGAUGUCGAGGCACUGGAAAUGAUGGUGAAGAAGAAUCCUGAUCUUCUUCGCAUUUGUGAUAUUUAUAAUCACCUGCCUCUUCACUUUGCUGCAUAUGCCGAUCAAAAAGAUUCUGUUCGCUACUUGUUAAUGGUCAUGAAUGAAGCAUAUCUUGACGAAUUUAAAAGGUUGACACUUGUGCAUGCACUCAUAUCGGGGGGAUUCUAUGAUAUAUGUCUAUCUUUGCUUCAACGCUUUCCUGCACUGGCAGUCAUUGAGGUUUCACCUUUAGAAACACUAACCUACAGGCAUUCUGCGUUUCUUAGUGGUGCCAAUUUCAACGUCUGGCAACGCAUGAUCUACCCCUAUCUACCUAGUGAGCUGGAAAGGCCUGUUGACUAUUAUAAAGGUACUUACGACAUCGAGAAUCCUGUGGAGGAAGUUGACAAAGGCUCACAGAGAAAGACAGAUUGGAGCUUAAUGUUUUGGCGACUGGCUCGCAAAUUUGUACCGUCGAUCAAGAAGAUUCAAGAGAAAAAAGUGAUGCAUGCCCAAGCUCUUCAACUCCUUAAAUUCAUUUGCUCUGAAAUAUCGAAACUGGAUGGUAAAAGGGUAAGAGAUCUUAUCGGAAGUUCGUUAGAUGCAGCGGCAACUACGGGGAAUGUUGAGGUUGUUGAAGAGAUAUUAGUCUCCUUUCCAAAUGCACUUUAUCUAGUGAAUCAAAACAAACAUGGUGUGUUCCAAAUUGCAAUAGCAAAUCGUAAGGCCGACGUCUUCAAUCUCAUAUACCAUAUUACAACACCACAUCAUCUUUUGUUGGCACAACACGAUGCAUCUUAUAACACUGCUUUGCACUUAGCUGCGCGUUUGGUUGGAGGAACUGCGGAUCAAGCUCGUCUCCAUCUCAGAUCAUGUGCUCCUGGUGCAGCUCUUCAAAUGCAACGUGAGCUAGAAUGGUUCAAGGUGGUUGAAGAGCUAUCACGGCCUCAAGAUCAAGAGCAGAGGAAUAUAUUUGGUAAGACACCAGCAACAAUAUUUACUGAAUCACAUGAAAACUUAGCAAAAGAAGGAGAGCAAUGGAUGAAAGAUAGAGCUAACUCUGGGAUCCUCGUAGCAACACUCAUUGCUACCAUUGUGUUUGCCUCUGCGAUUACCGUACCAGGUGGAACCAAUGGUAGUCAUGGAAAGCCGAUAUUAAAUGAUAAGGCGGCCUUUAUAGUGUUUGCAGUUGCAGAUGCUCUAGCUCUCCUUAUGUCAGCUUCUUCCAUAUUGAUGUUUUUGGGCAUACUCACUGCACGCUAUGCGGUUCAAGAUUUUCUCUACUCACUACCAAAGAGACUGAUAAUCUCCCUUAUUACCCUAUUCCUUUUGAAUCAUAUUCAUGAUGAUGGCCUUUACAUCCGUACUUUACCUGGUUUUUGGAGAAGGAAAGACGUGGGUACUUGGCCUAGUGUCUUCAUUGGCUAAUCUACCAGUGAUUGUGUUUGCGGUCUUGCAAUUUAAACCUCUUUUCGACAUCAUUUCAUCCACAUAUGGCCCUGCCAUCUUUGGUAAGCGUAGUGAUUGCAUUAUCAUAUAAACACUUCAUAGACAAGUUGUGUGUGUAUGUAUGUAUAUACAUAUUCGAUUGGGUUUUUAAAAUUUGCUGAUUCAGUAUAAUAUGAUGAUUUGCUAUGCUAUAUGAACAUGUAAUGUAACAAAGAAUGUUAUGCCUUCAUUUUAUGAAAUAUUGUUGGGUGCAA